AACCUCACUUCACACAAAGGGCAACGAAUUCACGCUCUCAAUCAUGCGCCAUUGUUGUAAUUCACGCGACCCUAACUCCUCUUCGGCAAAUUCCUCGCAACCCUACAGCUGAGCGCGUCGCCUUUUCUUUCCUUGCCCUUGUGCAUCGAUCUGGGUUGUCAGAGUUUUUGGGAUUUUUGUCUUUGCGACGGUGUUUGCACUGCAUUUGCAUGGGUUUGGGUGGAAUUUUCUAGCUCUGGUGUGGGAUCUAGGUUCUGGGUCGAAGCUGGGGGUUCGACGAGGAGGUAGAUCGUGGCGGAGAACAAAUGGGACUGGGAGAAAAGUGAAUUUGGGAAGUGUUGGGCGGGUGUGAAGUUAGUUUGGAGGGGUGGAAGUGGAGAAUGUGGUGGUGAGUUGCGAGGGAGGGAGGGAGAGAGUGGGAAAGUGGUGGAUUGUGACGAUGUUGAGGAGGAGGAGGGAUGAGUAGUAGUAGUAGUAGUCGUAGGAAGGGGGAAUGGAUGGUGCGAGGAGGAUGUGUGGUGGUGGUGAGUGUGGGAGAAGAGUGUAUGGAGGUGGCUCACAGCAGCAGAAGAAGAGCUGUGAAUGUGCCGGGGUGAAAGAUCCGAGGAUUCUAAUAAGGUAGGUUUGGAAUCUGUUGGUGAGUGUGUUUGUUGGGGGUUCGUCCAGCCAUGCCUGGCGUCGAGCGGGCCGCGGUGGAGGAUCUCCCUGGGUCGUUUCAAUUGGCGAUCAUGGCAGCCACGGUUGAUAUCGAAGAGGACAACGUGUUGUCGUCGUCGUUGUCGAAUGGGGAGAAGCAGAGAUCAUCGAAGUUUGAGUACCAGAGGCCGCCAGCAACUGAGCGUGAGAAUGGGGUAGAGCAGUGGGAUGCGACACUGUGGAGUAGUAGUAGUAAGGAGGAGGCGAAACGAUUAGGGUUGUUCAAGCUGGCGAUGGCAUCCAUGGUGGCAGCCGGUGUGCAGUUUGGUUGGGCGCUUCAGCUGUCUUUGCUCACACCCUACAUUCAAAUGCUCGGCAUCGAGCAUGCGAUGGCCUCCUUCAUCUGGCUGUGUGGGCCAAUUACGGGGCUGGUCGUGCAGCCGUGCAUUGGCAUGUGGAGCGAUCAAUGCACAUCCAAGUGGGGGAAAAGAAGACCCUUCAUUGGUGUGGGAGUGGUGAUGAUCAUGUGUUCGGUGACGAUUAUUGGCUUCGCUGCCGACAUUGGUUACAUUCUCGGGGACACGCACGAGGAUUGCCAAGUUUUCAAGGGCGUGCGUUCUCGGGCUGUAGGUGUGUUUGUACUAGGGUUCUGGCUGCUGGAUCUUGCCAACAACACUGUGCAAGGUCCUGCGCGUGCGUUGUUAGCGGAUCUUUCAGCUUCUGAUCAAAUAGAUGCAGCGAAUGCUAUUUUUUGCCUGUGGAUGGCUCUGGGCAACAUCCUCGGAUUCUCAGCUGGAGCGUAUGGGCGUUGGCACGAGAUCUUCCCUGCGUUCACUAGUAAAGCGUGUUGCGCUCCUUGCGCGAAUCUCAAGGCAGCUUUCCUUUUGGCUAUUUUGUUUUUGGCCAUCUGCACUGUUGUCACGAUGAUCGCGGCUAAGGAAACUUCCCUUGGUGUGAUAGUGAAGGAGCAGCAAUUAGCACAAAGAGGGCAAGAAAUUGGAUAUGCAGAGGCUGACAGUAAAUUAGAACACGAAGAUUCUGCACCUUUGUUGCUCAACAAGGAGGGCGGUAUCACGCUACAUGACGUGACCUUAGUUUCUGUCGAUUUAGAUCAACCCCAUCUUCAACCACCCGAUGAGGGGGCCAAGCACAUCCUCCAUGUCGUGACUGAACAGGAUCAUCACGGGUUUUUGGAGCCAAGACCUCCAGUCGAGGAAGGCGUCGGUAAAGGGUUGGGUUCCGUGAUGAUGAACCUCCUUCUCGGUGUCCGCAAGCUCCCCACUUCCAUGCGAUUUGUGCUCGUAGUGAUGGCACUGUGCUGGCUCGCCUGGUUUCCCUUCAUUCUUUUUGACACAGAUUGGAUGGGACGUGAGGUCUACGAAGGUGACCCCAACGGCAGCGCUGAACAAGUGGCGGCUUAUGGGCGUGGGGUUCAGGAGGGUGCCUUUGGCCUGCUGCUGAACUCAGUAGUUUUAGGAAUCAGCUCCCUGUUCAUCGACUUCCUGUGCCAGAAGAUGGGAUCCAAAAACCUGUGGGCACUUGGCAACUUCAUCGUUUUUCUGGCGAUGGCAUUAACGGGGCUCAUCACGAUGACUGUGUCGACUUCAGAUGGGCCCAAGCAGCAUUCAUGGAACAGACUGGCAGCUUUGAUCUUAUUCACAGUGCUUGGCUUUCCGUUGGCAAUAACAUACAGUGUACCAUACUCUGUAACAGCUGAGUUAACGACAGACUCAGGUGGAGGGCAGGGCCUUGCCAUGGGUAUUCUUAACCUUGCUGUGGUGAUUCCACAGACUAUUGUAGCACUAGGAGCUGGGCCAUGGGAUGCACUGUUUGGCGGUGGCAACGAGCCAGCGUUUAGAUUCGCUGCUCUGGCUGCGUUGGCUGCAGGGAUCAUCGCUGUGUGGAAGCUGCCGAGGUUGUCGAGGGACGGAUAUCAGCGGGGAGCCAUGAUGCACGGCCCUCACUAGUUUAGUUUUCGAGUUGUUUCCUUUCUAAUUCCGAUUCUUGGAGCCAUUGUUGUACCAUUUUUUUCAGUUUAGUAAAUUAUGCCACGCACCUGAAGUUGAGUGCUUCACCAGGUCGGGCAAGCAAAUCUCGUUGAGCAAU